CGUUUUCCCCAGAUUUUCUUAAAUUUUCUUUCAUCAUUCAUAUAACAUCCUAAAGCCCAAAAGACCCUGCAAAAAAACGACUUUAAUUAAGCUUUUUACCAGUCCAUCAUGUCAACAAAAGAAGAAAAACGCAGCUUAUCGUCAACAAAGAAAGAAAAGCAGGCUAUAAAUCCUUUGGCCAUUGCCAAGUUAUUAGGUCCAUCCAAUCCAAAGCUUGACCACCUUAUUCGAUUUUUGAACUCUGUGCGCGGAACAGACAAAGUACUGAUGUUUAUUCAAUAUUGGUCAAAAGUACUUGUAUGGAUAUUGUCAAAACGGAAAUCAUCUUUGAAGCCCGCAGUAGCCACUCUAUCCCUCGUUCAACGCAUUCGCAAUUUGGCUAAUCCCGUCAGUGAUUUCCGUAUCUUACUGCGUUAUUACGGACUCUUGCCCAUGAUUCAAUACAUGAACUAUCUCGAAUACAAUCCACCUUCUACCUCUAUCGCACUCACCAUUGAACGUUUACAGAACUGGGCCAAUGUGAUUUAUUAUCCAUUAGAGCACAUCUAUUGGCUUGGUGCUCAUCAAGUCAUUCCUCUCUCAGAACAAAAGACAAACAAGAUUGGUAUGUGGAGCUGUCGGUUCUGGGCAGCCUAUGUUAUUUUGGAAUACGGACGAUUAUUGGAACAAUACAAGCAUUUGAAAAAGAGAGAGACAAAUUUAUUGAAGCGUAUCAAAGCAGGCGAUAUCGAGACAUACGAAGAUCCUGAAGCUGAGAUGGCCGCUAUCAAGGCCGAAAGAUCGAGUAUGGUGGUGAAUACUUGUAUCAAUACAGGGUAAGUAAAAAAAUGCCCUCGAAAAAACCAAAAAAAAAAAAAAACUCUUUUCUCUAUCUGUGUGUCCCUCAAACAAAACAUCAAAACUCAA